CGCGACGCGACAAAGCAAAAGAGCCAGAGCACCGCGCGGUCAACCCCCUACCUCAAGCCAGCAAUUCGGGUCGAUGGCACGCUCUUCAUUCUCACCGGCUCGCAUGUGGCUGCUCUGCGCACUGGCGCUGCUUGUUGCUGACCUCGCAAGCGGAACCUCGAGCAACGAUUUUUUCAGCACCUUGGAUAUCACGCUGGACCCACAAACGUCCACCACCGGCACAAGCUUCAGCGCCUACCUCUUUUCGACCACGGCGUGCAGUUCUUGCAUCGGUGCGCAGCUCUAUUCGUUUUCCAAGGGCCUCGCUCGGCCCACCCUGCCCUAUGUCACAAUGACCACAACUGCUGCUGCCUCCGCGCAUUCCCCAAGUUACAUUGGUCUUUUUGUGCGCUACCGAUCCACUCUGGACACUGAUUCAUCUGGUCCUGUGUUCGGCGGCAGUGGUGAUGUUAUCGGGACCGGAAUAACGAAUGAAGAUUUGUCACCUUGCGCCACCGUCUCUCUGAGUUACAACGACGACGACGACGACGGCACCAUCACUAUUGAUCAGAGCAGUAAUGCCGCUGACACGUGCACCCCCAGCGCCACCCCCAGCACUACGCUUUGGCCUGACUGCACCUGGCGAUUCGUGGGCUGGGUGUCGCAUGCCAGCCUCACUACAACCCUGACUGUUCCCUCGGAGUGCACCAGUGGUAAAACACUGACCACGCUUGAUGCAUAUCGUCUUUUCCAGCGGUGCAUCAACGGCUACGUGAACAACAUGGGCGACGCUUGCGAAUGCUCGAGCGGCUGUGUGUCUUGCCCUUCGACGGACAUGGGAACACCGGUCACUAGCGACUCUUCUUGUGUUGUUUGCGGCACGAACUGCACGACGUGCGACACCUCAUCCCUUUGCACCCGCUGCAGCUCUGGUUCCCUUCUCCAGACCAACGGGGUGUGCGUGCAGUCCUGCAACGCUGGGCAGUAUGCUUCGGAGGGCAAGUGUCUGCCUUGCGACUCGUCGUGCACCGAGUGCACGAGUACGGCAACUACGUGCACGAGUUGCGCGGCAAACCACGCUCUGAUCUCGGGUCAAUGCGUCGCCUGUGUGUGGCAAGACGUACCCGGCGCGCAGUGUUCGAGCCUGUGUGGAACUGGUACAAUCCAGCAGCAGAACACUUGCCAGAACACAGCGUUCAGGAAUGCGACGUGCAAUCCCGGGCCUUGUUUUGUCGCUUGCACAACCGAAUGGGGCGAGUGGAGUGCAUGCGCGCGUAACUCGACCAAUCAGUGCAGCUCGAGCCGCUCAAGCCACGUUGCGGACGUGGGAUCGGAAGGGUUUCGGCUCUCGCUCGUCACUGGCUCUCCGUUCGCCCGAAUCCUCGUCUCGACGAGCAGCGUCACAAGCAAUGUGCUGCUGCAGGCUGCUCGUCAAAACACCGUGUUCACUGCCUUGUUGGCCGGCUUCAUCCACGUCCCCGAGCCCGCGACUUACCAGUACACGGUGGAUGGCCGUGGGAAGCUUUCCGUGGAUGAUGAGCCGAUCGCCGCGUCACCGGUUGCUUUGUCGGCGGGCUGGCACAAGCUACGGCUCCUAGUUGAUGUGAAUACCACCGCUAGUUCGAGCUUUGGCGUUCAGUGGCACCAGUCUUUGAGCUCAGCCCCGGUUACAUUCGAGUCGCUUGUGAGCAUGUGCACUCCGUUGCCUCAGGAGACUGCUUUGUGCGAGUCGUGGCUUUGCAACGCGAGUUUGCCGCCGGGCAGCAGCAGCAGCAGCACGGUUGGUCCAGUUGAUGUAGCGACCUCUUCCACUGCCGCAAGGUCAACAACAACCGAAGGACCGCUGGACGACGGUGACAAGCAAAACAAAGGCGCUGCAUCUGCGUCUGCGGUCGCGAUUGGUGCUGGUGUUGGAGGCGGCGCUGCGCUGUUGCUACUCCUUGUGGUGUCGGUGGUGUUGCUCCGGCGACGACGCCACCAGCAGCAGCAGCACAACCCGCAGUCAAACCGCGGCAAACCUAUUGCUACCACGGCUUCGCUCGGAAGUGUCUUUGUCGAGUCGUCGUCAACCACUGCCUUGUACGCCAACGCGAGCCGUCCUCAGCCGUCCGAGUCUCUGUACUCGAGUCCCGAAGAUGUCGCCACGGCUCGCGGCGAGUCGUUGUACGCGGCGCCAGGCGAUGCGGCCACAUCGACGUACUCGCAGCCCGCGCACGCAGCUCCAUACUCACAGCCCAGUGGUGCAUACAUUCUGCCACAGGCAUCUGGCAGCAAGCACGCAGAGGCGACUGGCGAGAGCUUGUACGAGCGGCCCAGCAUGUAUGCUGCUCCGAGCGACUCCAAGGCUGCCGACCUGUACGAAACUCCUGGCACCGCAAACCCAUAUGCCGCUGUUGGCGCUGCAACUGGCGAGGGCUACCAGCAGCCGCAGGAUGGCGUGGCAGGGCUCAACAACAACAACAACAACAACAACAACAACAACAACAACAACAACAACAACAACAACAACAACAACAACAACAACAACAAGAGCAACGCAACAUACGCCAAGGUCAACAAGCCGACGACUGGCGGGGCGGCAGGCUCCAGUGGCGCGCGCGAUGUUUACGCGCAGGUCAACAAGAACGGCAAGCAGUCGGCUGCCCCGAACGCAGUGUAUGCGCAAGUCAACAAGGACGCAAAUUCGCCCACUGUCUGGCACAAGGGUUCUCCUGCACUGACGGCGGAAGAGUCGUUGCUUGUGAGGCAAAAGGGUGACUAUGAAGAGCUUCCAACCUUGGUGAGCAGUUCGGCUUCUUCGGGUGCUGGCGCCAUCAGCAGCAGCAGCGCUAGUGAUUACGAGGAGCUUCCUGGGCAGUAAUAAUAGUUGCUAAGAGUUCGUGUUGUGAAUGGUUUUUGAUCUUGGAAUGUUCUUGUAAAAACAAAACACAA